AUGCCUUCAAGCUCCUCUUCGGAGGGCGCCCCCCUCGCCGAUUACUUCUGGAUUGCCGGCGUAGAUGGCACGGAGAUCUUGGAUACAUUCAAAAGAUUGGGAGAAGACUACCGAACCAAUGUUGCUGUAUCACCCGGUCCUGCUCUCGCAGACACAAUCCAGGAGGAUGCCGAUGCAGAAGAGGAACACAACCCCGAUGCCUCGCGCCCAAACUCCAUGCUCUUCAAUGGCGCCAGUCGCCGGGGCUCAUUCCAACGACUCUCCACCCUUUCCAAGACAUCAGAAGGAGCAAAUGGCGGUAGCAACAGCAACCGCAGCAGCAUGACCGUCAAAGGCACCUCCUCGCCCCUGCGCGCCUCGGCCCUGUUCACGGAAGACUUCGAUUUCGACUCCGCGUUGUAUAAGUUUGCCAAUGAGCGCGACUCCUUUCUGACAGACUUGAGCCUGAGUGCUGGCGCUAUUACCCCGAAUACCCGCCCGCGAUCCCGGGUUCGUACACAGAAGAUUGUCCCGGAGGAUUCAUCCUCCCCCGGUGGGAACCUGCUCCGGUCCGGCAUUGGCAGCGUACGGCGACACAUGGCCUUUCGCGAUAUGAAUAGCAUGAAACGACAACCGUCCGUUGCUCGUCAAGCUUCGGUGCGAACCUCCCGUCGACUUAGCAAUUAUAAUUCGGUUAUCCCUGUCCCUCAACCUCUCGAGAUCUCCCCUACAAUGCACCCCUUGAAACGGCGAUUCGAGCCUGUCCUCCUCGACCGAUACCCCACACGAAGCAUGCCGGAUGAGCUGAAGCAGCGUGGUAACUUCCCCGAUUACGUUCCCAUGUUCGCUUUCCCGAAUGAUAUCAACAUCGUAUCCUCCGACCAGCGACCGCGAUCCACUUGGCAUGGGUUUGCCAUGACAACGGAUAAUGGGUCCAGGUUACACGCCAUCUGCGUGAUCAUCUGGAUCCCACUGAACCAGAAUGCCGCGGAUGAGCUCGAGAAGCGUUGUGAGGAAUGGCGGAAAGACAACAUGACAGACGAGGAGCGUGAACUUGCUGCAAGUUUAGGUGAACGAUUGGCAUCGGAGCGGGCCAAGCUAUCCAGGCUCCUAGCCCAGCUACCGACAGUCCCAUCAGGGUCCGAAUCUCGCGAACAACUCGAGGAUGAAAUCAGUGCUGUGGAAGAAAAGAUCGGACUGAUGACUGACCUCCUGCGUCCCGUUCGCCACGGCGCAGCCUCGAAAAUCGAAGGCCUGACCGAUGGUGAUACUGGAUUCUGGAUCCCCCGCGCGUACGGUAUCCUGGGCCGAGAGAGCACCAUGACGAGCUUCUGGAAGGAGUGGCUGAAGGCUAUUGUGGUUCCCAUGACGGAAGGCACUGUGCAGCAUGUGCCUCCGCCCUCACCGCGGAUGGGAGUAUGGCAGCCGCUGGAGCGAUACGUGAUGAAUCUCUGCACAGAAGCGUUCGCCCCCAUAUCUUCCAAGACACAGGUCGAACUUGCGAUCCGUGAGCUGCGGUUAUUUGCACGGAAAGAGGCCCCAAAUGAGAUUCCGGGCUCUCGGAACACGGACCUGUAUGCCUUGUUCCGAACUUUAUCGGUUCCGAACAUCAUUAUUCUCUUCGAGUAUGCUCUCACCGAGUCCCGUAUCAUCUUCCUGUCUUCCCACACAUCCAUGCUGUAUCUCGCGACAAGGGCAUUAGUCGAUCUCCUGUUCCCUCUGGAAUGGACGGGCGUUCUCAUUCCUGUUCUUCCAGCCCGCUUGAUUCAAGCCCUCGAGGCGCCUUGUCCGUACAUCGUGGGUAUCGAGCGUCGGUAUGAGAAGGUGGAACUGCCCUCUGACGACUUUGUUCUCAUUGAUUUGGAUAACAACAUGAUCGAGAGCACCAUUCAACCCACUGCUCUCCCGCGUCAUCAACGCAGAAAGCUGUUGUCCUUGUUGCAACUAGCAGCUCCUCACCACGGUCGAUGUCACGUUCCCACAGGACCCCCGGCAUAUGCAAUCGAGACAUACCCAUGGGACUCCUUCAUGACUGAGAGCAAGGCUACUUUUACUUCUAAAGCUCCAGCAACCAAUCUCGCCAAAUAUGUCGCCUUGAACUCCAGCGCAUUCGGCGCAACAGCCGUGCUCCCAGGCACUUACUCACCCCCGAUCUUCAAUGUCUUCGCGCAUGCCCGCAAUGAGGCUGGUCCAUCGCGUGGAUAUUCCUCCCGAGGCAACGAACGUCCUGGGACUAGCUCGACUACCAGAGCUGCUGCAUCCCCGCCAUCCCCACGAGAAUGCUCGCCUACCUCCGGCUACUUCCCUCCCCCUCCACCUACUCCCUCAUCACGUAAUGAUUCUGGUAUGGCAUUACAGGCCUCUUUGCGCGAGAAGCGGUCUGGUCACUUUGAUGCCGCUUCGCGCCGAAGCUCGUCACACGGAAUGGGAAUGACUCGUCGACCAAGCGCUCCAUUCUUGGGUCACGCAUCGAAUCUUUCGGUCACCACACUCAACACCGAGUAUGGUGGUGGAUCCACAUACGCCCCAUCCGUUUAUGCGCAGUCUACUAUUGCUGCGUCCACGAUUGUCCCACAGGCCAACAUGCAACCAAUCGGAAACAACGAGGGCACUUGCUGGGUUGAGGGCCACUUCUUCCAGGUCCAGAUUUGGGAUGAGAAAUUGACAUGUGCUAUCUGUGAUGAGCAGGCAGAGGAAGGCAUGUACAAGUGUUCCGCGUGUAAGCUCACUGUUCACAACCGCUGUGCAUCUAUGGUCUGUCUGCCAUGUGAUGCUGCUUUCCAUCCCGAUCAGAUUCGCGCUGCAUUUGUUAGGUGCUUCGCUAGCUUAUUCUACACGUACAAGAAGUUCCUUGCGCCUGCUAGUAGCGAUAAGAAAAAAUCGGGCAUGUUUUAUGCUUUCAACAUUGAGGCUUUCAUGAAGAGUCUUCCAAGUGAGCAUGCUGACUACAUUGCAAUUCUGCAACAAACACAAGGCUUCAACGAGUUUAUUAGUGACCGAGAGCGAACAAGUCCAAAGUCUAAAGAACCUCGAAUGGCCUUGUUCGACGAGAUUGUCCUCUCAAAGCGUAAUCGCGGCCGCACCUCCAUCUUCUCCGGCCGUUCAACAACAGACUUCCUAUCUGACACCUCCAAUCACCUCUGGCGCACAGCCAACGCCACCUUCUUCGCCCCAAGUAGCCGCAGCCAGCACAAUCUCUCAGCCGAUUACGGCAGGGUUGUCACACGAGCACCGGCCAAACUAGACACAAGUCUAAUGACCGAACCCCGCAUGAUCCACGGCGCACCACGAGUCUCUAAGACGGCCAACACUGCCCGUAGAAAGCCCCUACCUAAACUCAUGAAUGGACUCGCUAUCUCUCCCCCGAGUUAA